AAACCGAAACCUAUUUCUUCCGUCCGUCAACAAAUUUUGCAAACUGUCUCCAAAUUUCCGAACACUUUCUCAGCAAUGUCUCGCCACAGCCCUCCGGCCGGCGCCCUUGCUUCCUUCACUCAAACUCUCGCCGCCGACGCCUCCAUGAAACCGCCGCCGCAGAGACCGAUUGUGUUGGCUGACCUCAACGUUGACCCGCCGGACUCCGAAAACUAUGCUUUCGCUUCUUCCUCUUCGCCUUCACUUCCUAUUUCAAGGAUAGCUCUUGAUGAGCCGGUUGUAGAAAAACCUGCCUUUAUGGCCAAAGAUGCUGAUGCACUGGACAUGGAGACUUCCUCGUCGAAGAAAAUCGGGAGGAGCCGCACGAAAAAUAUUAAGGUGGAGUUCCUUCUAGAUUCCGUUGGAGCAGACACAGAUGCUGACCAAAGUGGUCAAGGGGUCACUAUCCGUGAGGAAAAAGUUAGCAGCCUAAAGACUGGUUUGGUACAUGUUGCUCGGAAGAUGACAAAGAAUAUGCAUGCUCAUUUCAUACUUGGCUUGAUGUAUCAAAGGAUGGGUCAACCUCAAAAGGCUAUUUUGGCUUACGAAAAAGCCGUGGAGAUAUUACUUCGUUCUGAAGAAGAAAUCGAUAGACCAGACUUGCUUUCUGUGGUGCAGCUUCACCAUGCUCAGUGUAUACUUCUAGAAAGCCUGGAGAAUUCUAGUUCAGAUAAAGAACUUGAACCUCACGAACUUGAUGAAAUCUGUUCCAAACUGAGGGAGUCCAUUGAAUCAGAUGUUAGGCAGGCAUCUGUCUGGAACACGUUAGGUUUAAUUCUUCUUAGAACUGGUCGCUUGCAGAGUGCUAUAUCUGUAUUUUCUUCUUUGUUGGAGAUUGUCCCUGACUACUUGGAUGGGCUUGGAAACCUUGGAAUUGCAUAUCUUCAAGGUGGAGAUUUGGAACUUUCAGAGAAGUAUCUCCAGGAUUUGAUUUUAAAGGAUCAAAAUCAUCCUGCAGCUUUGGUGAAUUAUGCUGCCCUCCUUCUAAUUAAAUAUGGGUCAGUUAUUGCAGGUGCUGGGGCUAAUGCUGAUGCUCAAACUUCUAUGGAUCAUGUUUCAGCAGUCUGCAUUGCUAAGGAUUGUUUAUUAGCAGGGGCAAAAUCUGACCCCAGAGCAGCUCAUAUUUGGACUAAUCUGGCCAAUGCGUAUAAUUUGAUUGGAGAUCAUAGAACUUCUGGAAAAUGCUUAGAAAAGGCCGGAAAACUGGAUCCAAAUUGUUUGGCCACACGAUACGCUGUUGGAGUUCACCGAAUCAGAGAUGCUGAAAGAUCCCAAAAUCCUAAUGAACAGCUUACUUGGGCAGGAAAUGAGAUGGCUUCAGUGAUAAGAGAAGGAGAUCCGGUCCAUAUUGAACCUCCAAUAGCAUGGUCAGGUCUUGCUCUGGUCCACAAGGCUCAGCAUGAGAUUGCAUCAGUGUUUGAAAUUGAUCCUAAGGAAUUGUUGGAAGUUAAAGAUCGUGCCAUGAGCAGUCUAAAACAGGCUAUAGGAGAAGACCCCGAUGAUGCUUUACAGUGGAACCAAAUUGGGCUUCAUUGUCUUUGUACACAGCAGCUUAAAAUGUCUCAGACAUACUUCAAGUCUGCAGUCACUCGUCUUAAUGACUGUGUCUAUACAUGGUCAAAUCUUGGCAUCUCUCUUCAGCUUCUUGAGGAAUCUACCCAUGCUGAAGAAGUGUAUAAGCACGCCCUAUCAUUAGCUACAUCUCAACAAGCGCCUGCUAUAUUUUCCAACCUCGGGAACUUCUGUCGCCAGAUGAGAAAAUAUGAAAGCGCCAAAGCAAUGUUCAGCAAGGCUCUUGAACUGCGGCCUGGUUAUGCUCCUGCCUAUAAUAAUCUCGGUCUCGUGUUCAUAGCUGAGGGUCAAUUAGAAGAAGCUAAGUUCUGCUUCAACAAGGCUACUGAAUCAGAUCCAUUUUUGGAUGCUGCUAAAUCUAACAUGAUUAAGGUGGCUACCUUGUAUAGAAAGGAUGUGAGCUUACAUUCAGCCUGAUAUUUGAUUAGGUGAUAUGGAGUCGGAGAUCCUCUGAGAUGACCAGCAACUCGGGAAGUACAGACCCUUUUUGUUUGUGCACAUCAACUAUGUGCCUUUAUCUCACCUUCAUUGAGUCAGCUGAUCAUUUAUGCGACUGUACGCAAAUCACUGUUCACGGCAGCUUUAAAUGGGUUAGCAACUGGCCGUUCUAUCUUCUGCAAUAUUUGGCCUCGCUUUCUGUCUGGAUAUGUUCCGGUCUGUGUUGUUGGUCUAUUCAGAUCGUUCAACUUCAAGUUCAUGCCCUGGCUUACUCUGCAUUCACUGCUUCUGGAAUGAUGAAAUGGAAGUGUUGCUCAGGGAAUUUCAUUGACACGAAGAGAUCAGACUACUGUCAGGGAAACACUGUUUCAUUCAGCGACGGGAGCCAGCUUAGGCCAAGCCGACGCCGCUCCAACGGAGUGAGGUGAGGUCGGGCAAAGAAGAAAUGGUGCUUACGGAAGUUUCAGUCAUUAUGGAUUUGAUGAAAAGGAAAGAGAAGCCAUAAAUAACAUCUUUAACAUUUUUUAAACUGUGAAAGUGAUGUGUAGAAACUUGUUACAUUCAUGUUAAUGUUAAUUCUUUAUUUUCUAUAAA